CACAACUCAGGGUUUCCAGGAAUCCUACAAAAAAAAUGAAUGUAGUUCAUAAGUGGAUUCUCGCUUCUGGAAAGUGCGUCGAAGACACCCUUUUCAAAUAUUGUAGACAACAGCCAGUUGAAUCACUCCUACAUUCAUGGAUUAUUGACCUUGAUGAUCGAGAAGCAGAUUCGUUAUUUACAACUGAAGAAUGGAAUGAAAUCCAGUGUGCUGUCAAAAUUUUGCCAGAGGUUGAUCGUACUUUUGCAGAUUCUAUGAUGCGAUUUUCAGAUGUUAAAACAGCAAGCGAUCUGAGACGAGUCUUAAAAACAACAUCCUUUUUAAAUGAGGAUGAACCUUAUGAUCGAGUAAAACAUUAUGAUGCUGAAUGGGGUGAAAUCGUGAUGAGGAAGUUUCUUACGUAUUAUGAAGACCCUAACAAAACACUGCAAAAGCAACAUCUCGAGUCCUGGUAUGACAUAAAUGUGUGGUCACUUAUCAUCGAUCAUGGUCUCUGCGAUGUGAUUGGAAUGGAAACUGUCAGUUUUGGUCGUAUUGGCCGGCUUGUUUUAAGAGCGAGCUUUCAAAGCGGAAAGGAAGACAUCGAUGUAGUAGCCAUUAAUGAUCCUUUCCUCGACCUCAAUUAUAUGAUGUAUUUAUUUAAAUACGAUUCUACACACGGAAGAUUCAGAGACCAGAUUAAAGUUGAGAAUGAUAAACUUGUGAUCGGUAGACAUACCAUCACCGUUUUCAACGAAAAAAAUCCCGCAGAAAUUAACUGGGGUAGCUCUGGCGUUGAAUACGUGAUAGAGUCUACUGGUGUGUUCACGACGACAGAAAAAGCAUCGGCUCACCUUAAGGGAGGCGCCAAGAAGGUCAUUAUCACCGCACCAAGCGCCGAUGCGCCGAUGUUUGUAUGUGGUGUCAAUCUUGACAAAUAUGAUCCUAAACAUACGGUCAUUUCCAAUGCAUCAUGCACAACAAAUUGUCUUGCCCCGCUGGCUAAAAUUAUUCAUGACAAUUUUGGCAUUGAGGAAGGUCUUAUGACAACUGUUCAUGCCACCACUGCUACGCAAAAGACAGUCGAUGGUCCCUCUGGCAAAGAUUGGAGAGGAGGCAGAGGCGCAGCUCAGAACAUUAUCCCAAGUAGCACUGGCGCUGCUAAAGCUGUCGGCAAAGUUAUCCCAGAACUUAAUGGAAAAUUGACCGGCAUGGCCUUCAGAGUUCCGACAGCCGAUGUAUCCGUUGUUGAUCUCACUGUUCGAACAAAAAAAAGUGCCAGUUACGAUGCUAUUAAAGCUACUGUUAAGAAAGCUGCGGAAGAUGCGAGAUACAGGGGAAUAGUUGCAUAUACAGAAGACGAUGUUGUCUCGACAGAUUUUAUCGGUGACACUCAUUCAUGCAUCUUCGAUGCUAAAGCUGGUAUUGGUCUAAACGAUCAUUUCGUCAAACUUGUUGCGUGGUAUGACAAUGAAUUUGGCUACUCGACGCGUGUGCUCGAUUUACUGAAGUAUGUUGCCGUAAAAGACAAAGCUUAA